AUGAGCAUGCCACUGCAUCAGAUCUCUGCCAUUCCAUCCCAGGAUGCCACUAUUGCUAGAGUCUACAGAAGUAAGACCAAAGAAAAGGAAAGGGAAGAACAGAAUGAGAAGACUUUGGGACACUCCAUGAGUCAUUCAAGUAAUAUUAGUAAGGCUGGGAGUCCCCCAUUGGUGGCAUCAGCUCCAGUGUCCGCCUUCUCCCGUACCUCUGCCACCCCAUCAAGUCAAGACAUCUGCAGUUCCAGUGCAGUGCUUUCUGAGUGUUGUCACCACAGUCCCAUGCAAUCUGCUGUUGUCUUGAAAGCUCCUUCAUACCAGAGUUCUCUGACACCAGGGCUCACUGUGACAGUUAUUCAUAAGGACACAUCACAGGCGUCAAAGAGAAACUCUUAUGGUUCAGAAUGGGUCCAGGCCUUGAAGCUUGCUAAGAAUACCAAAGCCAGAAGAACACUCAAGUUCUCAAAAUCCUUAAAUGAUAUGGGUGAAAAGGCCCAGGACACCGUGGGAAGUUUUGGCUAUGUGGAAAGAACUUGUUCUGAAGGAAGGUUGGUACUCUCUCAAGAGCCCUGUCUCAGAAUUAACAGGUUCCAUCAUAAAGAAAAAAGAAUACUGAAUCGAAAACCUCUUGGCAAUUCCAAAUACUCUUGUGUUUCAUCCCUUUCUGCCAAUCAUUCAACUGUGUCGGAGUUGGAAGCCGGCAAGGGGAACAUCCACAUCCCACUUUUGGAAGAGAAAGCAGAUGGUGAGACCCUGUCCAGGAGCAGGCGACUGCUGCGGUACCUCUUUCCACUCGGCCCAAGUGCCAGCAGCCUGCAUAGACUCCACGAGCUGGAGGGCUGCGCUGCCCACCUGCACAUGGCCAAGUCCUCCGUUGGGCUGGGUGGGAGCACGGGCUUCUGCUCUGAUGACAUGGGAGAUGACGACGUCUUUGAGGACAGUGCUUCCACAGAGCUGAAGAGCAGGGUCCUACGGGCACCCCUCUGCUCAGUUGAAAAGGACAGCGACCUGGACUGCCCUUCUCCCCUCUCAGAAAAGCGUCCUCCCAUAUCUCCUGUGUCCAUAUCAGGGGACACCUGCAGGAUCUGCCACUGUGAGGGUGACGACGAGAGCCCCCUGAUCACUCCUUGCCACUGCACCGGGAGCCUGCACUUCGUGCAUCAGGCCUGCUUGCAGCAGUGGAUCAAGAGCUCUGACACGCGGUGCUGCGAGCUCUGCAAGUACGAGUUCAUCAUGGAGACCAAGCUGAAGCCUUUGCGAAAAUGGGAGAAGCUGCAGAUGACUGCCAGUGAACGCAGGAAGAUCAUGUGCUCGGUCACUUUUCAUGUCGUUGCCAUCACCUGUGUGGUCUGGUCCUUGUAUGUGCUCAUUGACCGUACUGCCGAGGAAAUCAAGCAGGGGCAGGCAACAGGAAUCCUUGAGUGGCCAUUUUGGACUAAAUUGGUGGUUGUGGCUAUUGGCUUCACUGGAGGACUUCUUUUUAUGUAUGUUCAGUGCAAAGUAUAUGUACAAUUAUGGAAGAGACUUAAGGCUUAUAAUAGAGUAAUCUAUGUUCAGAACUGUCCAGAAACUAGCAAAAAGAAUAUUUUUGAAAAAUCUGCACUAACAGAGUCCAACUUUGAAAAUAAAGAUGGACCUGGACCCUGUCAUUCCGAAACAAACUCUUCUUGUUGCACAGACCCUGAGGACACUGGAGCAGCCAUCAUUCAAGUCUGA